CAAAAACGACGCCGUCAAAAUGACUUAAAAUGUACGACGAAAUCAACACGUGCUCGAACAGCAGCGACAAAUUCGACUUGGACAAGGAGAAAUCGAAGAAGCUCGCCUUGAGCAGCGCCCCUUCGAUCGUCCGGCCGCCGGCGCGGGUGCAAUCCACCGCCUCGGCGGUCUGCAGGAUAUGCCACACGAACACCGUGCACGAGUGCCUGAUAUCGCCCUGCAACUGCCGCGGCACCAUGGAGUACGUCCACCUCUCCUGCCUGGAGCGCUGGCUCAACCAGUCGAGCCGGAACUACUGCGAGCUGUGCAUGUACAGGUUCAAAGCGAUGAAGACGAAGCGCUACAAGCUCUGCGAGAGCCUCAAGCUGUGGGUGCGCCAUCCGAGGAACCGCGACCACAUCGGAUCGGACGCGCUGAUCGGCGUCCUGCUGACCAUUCUCACCGCGGCGCUCGUCAUAACCAGCUCCAUGGGAAUGGAGUACUUCAUGGCGGAGGGUUCGAAGCUGGGCGUGCGGAAGGAUUGGAUACGAGCCGCUAUUUUUCUCUUCCUGUUCACCGUUAUUAUGGGCUACUUGGUGACUGUUUACCUCAUUAUCAGGGACCAUUUUAGCUUGUGGUACCGGUGGUGGACGAGUACUGUGGACUUUCAUUUGCUGCUACCGCCCAGCGUUAAUCGGAAAUUUUUCAGGCAAAUCAACAUCGCCGAUCAAUGCAUCGUGUAGACUACGUAGAGCACUUUUUAUAUUUGUUUAGUCUUUUAGCGCUUACUUUUUAUUAUAUUUAUAUCAUUUUCGAGGAAGCGUGUUUGUGCGGACAUUAAAUUGGGGAUAGGGAAGCGCGUGGAGAAUAAUUACAGGUGUUGAAGUAUUAGUAUAUAAUAGCUCGAAUCGUGAAUUAUUACAAUUAGAUUAAUACAUAAAUAACCGCAAUUACAUUAUUAUCCGAAUUCGAAUAUAACGAGAACAACAAAUAAACAAGCGUAUGUGCGCGAUAUGAAUAUUAAUGUCACGGCGAACUUUGCGAAGGGUGUGCAAGUGAAUUAAUCGCCUCCCGUGCUUUACCGUAUUGUAUCAGAGAUCCAGAUACAACCAGACGAAUAUCCCUC